AUGUACCACCCCUCCAUCCGCGAGCCAUGGGGUGGCAUCAACCAGCCGCAAUCGAAGCUCGCGGAUAAUGGACUAGAUGACGCUGGCUGGGUGACAGUCGGCCCGAGUGUGAUACGUCGCUACUUGAACAGUUAUAUGGAGCACUUGUAUAAGUUCCAUCCAUUCCUUUGCGACACAGAAAUACAAUGGAACGUUGAACGGUUCAUCACGACAUACUGUCCCAGCACCGAGGACCAGAAGCAGAAGAGUGGGAAGCGGAGGCGCUUGUGCGAUGCUCGUCAAGAUACAGGUUGCUAUGCGGGAUCUGCAGUCACCAUCAGGCCUGGGUCAGGGCUCAGGAGGGUCGAAAAGUCAAUUGACAAUGCCAUAGUCUUGCUGGUCCUUGCGUUGGGCAGUAUCUGCGAAGUCCGGGACCGACCGGUCCCAGGUCCCAUCGUGGAUCACAUCAUUGACCUUAGGGAAGAACGGAUCCCACAGACUCCGGGAACAUUGUCGCGCAGUGUCCUUCCUCCCGGAGAAAGAGACUUGAUAGUUGCCUCGCAAAUUGAUCGCUUCCGUUCUCAUUUUAUGGAUAACGGUCGAAAGAGUACCAUCAUCGGGAACCAUGAUGUCAUUCCUGGAUUGGCGUUUUACGCCUAUGCAGCCAGUAUUCUUGGAAUUUUCCAGGGCGUGAAUAGUCUGCAGCAUGUCCAGGCGGCAUUGCUCGCGGGCCUGUAUUCCGGCCAACUGGCUCAUCCUUUCCAGAGCUAUGGGUGGAUCUCCCAGGCUGCUCGAGCCUGUCAGGUAUUGGUUCGAUCACAACGGUAUCGGGAGAUGCGUGAUGGUGCUGUGAAGGACCUUUACAAUUUUGCGUAUUGGACCUGUUUCCAGCUGGAAAGCUUAAUCUCCCUAAUAGCGGUAUUUCGCUGUACAGAGAUGAUGUUCUUCUCCCAAGCGGUCGUUUCACUCUAA